AUGGCCGGCGGACACGGCGCUCGGCCUCAUGGCGGACACCCAAUCCACAUCCACCCUGCCCGACCUGUGUACCGAUUAUUCGCAACAGGAUUAGGUGCUAGCAUGUGGUUCUUCUUGAUGUACAGAGCGAAGAAGGACGGCCCAGUAUUACUCGGAUGGAGGCACCCGUUCGACCAUUAG